AUGGCGAUGUCCUCGGCUGGCUCAAGAGCUUUAGUUGAUUUGUACAGUCUGUCAAAGACGAAAACGUUUACAGAUCUUAGUAAUAUGGCCAGCCAACUAAAGAAUGUUUAUCCGCCCUUGGAAGUGAAUAGAAUUGUCACUUGGACAUUCCCUUCAUUUCGAGCAGACAGAGUAUCGGAUGGUUUGCUUCCCGAUUACUACAAACAACAGGACAUGAAACCAAUUCAAACCAAAGCGGAUGGCAAUUGUCUGUUCAAUGCUGCAAGUUUAGCGUUGUCAGGUUCCGACAAGCUAAGUGCCGAACUUUGUGUGCGCACCGUCAUUGAACUUGCAACGAAUUUACAAUUUUACAAAAAUCAUCCAAAUGUAGCCAAGAGCUGUAUUAAAAGAAGAAAUAAUGAAUUAUGGGCCGUUUCUUCCUUAUAUUAUGCAGUAAUAUUUGGAGCAGGAGCAGCGAAAGUUUACGAAACAAUCGACUUCAAUGCUGCCAUACAGCAAGAGAUUAAAACAACAGCAUUCCAUGGAUCCUUCUCUGGUUUACUUCAAGUAAUGGGUCUUGCAUCUGUCAUAAAAUCUGAAAUUCAUAUGAUAUACCCAGACACAAGACAUGAAAUGUUGAGCCUCUUAAAUGGUAUAUACUUGCCAAGAGAAUCCUCUGAAUAUGAAGUAUGUCCAGUCAUAGCAAUAAUGUGGACAAAUUUGUCAGGUUGGCCUGAUCGUUCAAAAAUUUUGAAUAUAAACCAUUUUGUCCCAAUUCUUAAGAUUUCAACAAAUACUUCUGAUAACAACGCAGAAUCAACGGACUGGUCCUUGGUAAAUAAUAAAAGAAGUCGUGGUACACUGAACAACGGCACGAUUUAUAAAGGUGAGUCUACUCCCAUUUACUCGAACAGACGACCAAAUAAAGAAAAGCGUCAGCGGCCCAAUACUUUACCAAGGCCAAAAAAACGCAAGCAGCCUGUGGAAGAUCAGAAUAACGCUAAAGCCGCCAAAAAGAAAUGUCAGCAACAAAUUCCAAUUCUCAGCCAAAACUGGUUUGAAAGGAAAAUUAACAGGAUUCCUGCGGAUAGUGAAAAUUUCCCGCCGAAUUCAAAUUUCCCGCCAAAUUCAAAUUUCCCACCAAAUUUAAAUACGACCAUGCCUCUUUUGUCAGAAAGAUUUUAUCGAAAAGUUUGUGCUAAUGAGUUUGAAGAGAAAUUUCAGCAACAAAUGCCAAAUCUCAGCCAAAACUGGUUUAAAAGGAAAAUUAACAGCAUACCUGCGGAGAGUGAAAAUUUCCCGCCAAAUUCAAAUUUCCCGCCAAAUGUAAAUACGACCAUGCCCCUUUUGUCAGAAAGAUUUUAUCGAAAAGUUUGUGCUAAUGAGUUUGACACCACCGCUAGGCGCGAAGGGUGUGGAGGUUUCUUUGAUGUCCAUUCAAAACAAACCGAUAGAGCCCUUGGGAUAAGUUGUGACGCUUAUGAUAGAAAGUUACUCAGACACUAA